AUGCGCCUCUUCGGGAACUCCCUCUUCCCCGCGCUCACUGUCGUAGGAUCAUUCGUUGCAUCUGGACUUGCAGAAGAACAAUGCCGAUGCACAACCGACGAUCCUUGCUGGCCUUCUACAACGAAAUGGAACUCCUUGAACUCUACUCUUGGCGGACAUCUGAUCAAGUACAUUCCGCCAGGUGCUGUUUGCUAUAGCUCCCACCCUAACUACGACCGCAAAGCCUGUGACAAGGUGAUCAAGGAAUGGCCCGAGUCGAAGUUCCACUCCAGCGAUCCGGCCAGUCUCCACACCGAAUGGGCCAAUGCUGGCUGCAUUCCAGUAUAUGAGAACGGCACAAGCAUCUACGGCGACCCCGAAGCUGGCAAGCGAGGUUGCUCAAAUGGAGUUCUUCCUACUUAUGUCGUGAACGCCACUGGGACAGAUCAUGUUGUAGCAGCGUUGGAGUUCGCUACCGAACACAACAUACGAUUGGCGAUCAAGAACACUGGCCAUGCUGGGGACGGAAGAAACUUGGGAAACAGUAGUUUAUCGAUCUGGACCCACAACUUGAAGAGCAUCGACUUGCAGGAAGAUUUCAACCUUACCUGUCCCAACGCUAAAGAUACCCCAAGCCCUCUUAUGGCAGCCAUCGUGGGUGCUGGAGUUCAAGAUGGUGAGAUGUUUGAAGCUUUAGCAGCCCAGGAUGCGCUAGCGGUUGGAGGUACCAGCGGUGAUGUCGGAGUGGUUGGCUGGGCUACCGGUGGUGGUCAUGGCUUUGCAACAGGCAAAUACGGCCAAGGAGCUGAUAACAUUCUCGAGGCAGAGAUUGUCACUCCAGCCGGUAAGGUCCUGAUCGCCAAUGAGUGUCAAAACCAGGAUCUGUAUUGGGCUAUUCGCGGUGGUGGUGGCGGCACAUUUGGUGUCAUUAUAAAGUUGAGUCUCAAGGCUUAUCCCGCACCAGAUCUGGUCAUCGGAGGCUACGACAUCAGUGCCAAGAACCGCACGUCGGAAGAUGAUUUCUACAAAUUCAUUGCAGAUGCCCAUGCGCUGUUCCCUGCAAUUCAAGACGCGGGUAUCCACGGAUAUUAUACAGUUUCAGGCCCUCCAAAGGCAGAGGCACUGACUUUCAGUGGAUCAUUCAUGGGCUUUGGCAUUUCUAACGAAACUUAUGAAGACGCUCUGGAACCUUUCAAGAAGCUGCUCAAGGCGUCCAACAUGGGUGCAGGCCAUGACAUCAGAGCUACCCGAUUGAUCUCACGAAAAACUGUGACAGAAAGGACAGAGGAAUUCGCGGCUGUCUAUAAGAAGAUUGGCCCAACCAAGCAUGCGCCACCUAAUGGUUUGUCUAACCUUUCCAUGUCUGGCACUCUCACCAUUAGCCCCAAGCCAGUCAACAAUUCUUUGCAUCCAUCCUGGCGAAACACCACCGUUCAUCUGAUCACUGGCCAAGGCUGGACUGAUUCCACCAACGAAACCGAAGUCAGAAACAUCAUUCACGAUGUGACAUACAGAAAGCUCGCGCUGAUGAGAGAGUUGGAUCCUGUUCAGGGAGCCUACUUGAAUGAGGCAAACCCAAUUGAACCUGACUGGCAGCGGUCUUUCUGGGGGCCGAAUUACGCACGACUCCGUGAUAUCAAGGAGAAGUAUGAUCCUGAAGGAAUUUUGUGGUGUCCUCGGUGUGUUGGAAGUGAGGAUUGGGUCCAACGACAAGAUGCAAUGCGCAUGACACAGUUGCUGCUUUAUCUAGACAUUCCCAUCACUACCCAGCUAGGAGGUCAAAUUCAAAAUGGCAAGCUGGAUCUUAUCACAGGCUAUACUUCGACUUUCCAUACCUCUUGCUCGGGGCAUUUGGGAAGAAGACUUCGCUUAACAUCUCUGAUGCUUAGCAAGGAUCAGCGCAACUUUCACGCUUGGGGUUAUCGCAGAUUCGUGGUAGCUAAGCUUGAGAGUGUUGACCUACAAGGGAAGAGCAUGGUUGAGAAGGAAUUCGAAUACACUACCAAGAUGAUAAAGAGCAACCUAUCGAACUUUUCUGCGUGGCACAACAGAAGUCAGCUUAUUCCAAGAUUACUCCAAGAGCGAGGCGCAAACCCGAAAAUACGAGCGAUGUUCCUUGACGAAGAGUUGAGUUUCGUGCGAGAAGGCUUGGAUGUUGGACCUGAAGAUCAGAGCCUGUGGUACUACCAUCGCUUCUUGAUCUCACAAAUCGUCGGCGAUAACGACUCACAAACUGCAGCACCUAUGAGUCUGAAUGAAACGGCAACUUAUGUGAGGCAUGAAAUUGACGAGAUCAAAGAUCUGCUAGAUGACUACAAAGACGUCAAGUGCAUCUACGAGGCCCUGCUUGAGUAUACCCUGACUCUACAGAAAUUAGAAGGGCGUGAAGGAGAUGAGGGUGAUCUCAUCGAACUGAAGACUUGGCUUACUAAGUUACGUGUCCUCGAUCCGAUGCGUACAGGUAGAUGGAAAGAUAUCGAGUCACAAAUUGGGGUUUAA